CUGUCUCUCUCUCUGUCUCUCUGUGUCUCUCUCUCGCCUGUGUGGAACGCUCUCGGCUGGACCAUGAUGUCUCCCACCUGGGGCCCCUUCCUAUAUGGCUGCUUGUUGCACCUCGGUUGGGCGGCCAACAUUAGCCGAGUGUAUGUGGCACUGAAUGACCCACUUCUGCUCAGUAUCCCCGGCUAUCCCAAUGCUGAGAGAGACGAGGUGACCUGGAGAAAUGGGAAAGGAACCCGAAUGGGGAAGUUCAGAAACUCCUCCUCAUAUAAUCAGACCCAGGGCUGUGAGUGUGAGCUCUUCAGGAACGGCUCCCUGUACCUCAAGCGGCUGGGCACGGUGGGAAAUGAGAACUACACUGUGACUGUGUUUAACCAGCUUGGUAUCCACCUCACUACUGUCUCCAUCCUAGUGACUGUGAUUGAGAAAGUGUCAGCUCCUCGGCUCAACUCCUCCUGCUCCCCCGAUGGCCGCGCUCUGAUUGGAUGUGAGGUAGAGGGAGGGACUGACCCCCAAUACUCCUGGGAGGAAGAUGGGGGCAAUCUGAGCCCCUCAUGGAAUGUGAGAGGCAAUUGGAUGAGGGGAUUUGCCCCGGUCCCAGUUACUGUAUCCUGCUCUGUAUGGAACCCAGUCAGUGAGGAGCGGAGCCAACGGGUCUCUGUGUUCUGCCCACUCCCUGUAUCAGUUCCAAGCCUGGCAGUGCGGUGCCAACAGGAUGGCAGUGCCAGGAUCUCCUGCCAGACAGACAGUGGGACAGACCCAGUCUUCUCCUGGAGGGUAAAUGGGGCAGACAGACAAGGGGACCCCAGUAUUUCAGGCAAUGGGACCUGGAGCCAAAUCUCUGUCCCCCCCCCGGCUGUAGGGAACACCCUCUGUGCCGUGUCCAACACAAUCAGCAAUGGGAGCAGCACCCAGAGCUUCUCCUGCCCAGUUCCCCUGUCGGAUCCGGUACUUGGAGUCUCGUGUGAGUCGGAGGAGAGGGCGCUGCUCAGCUGCCGGGUACUGACUGGGUCGGAACCCCAAUAUUCCUGGUACAUUAAUGGCACCGAGAUUGGGAAUUCCAGUCUCAAAUGGGAAGUGAAUGGGACUCAGCUGAGUGUGGGGUUACCCCCACCCCCCGGGAAUAUCAGCUGCACAGUGAGGAACCCUAUCAGUAAUGGGACAGUGAGUGUGAGCUCCAGUUUCAACUGCUCCGUUCCUGUAUCAGAGCCGGUUCUGGAGGUUUCCUGCCUACCCAAUGGGUCGGCGCUGGUUUCCUGUAAGGUGGAAAGUGGGACAAGUCCCUUCUACUCCCUGAUCCAUAAUGGGGAGACUCUGCGUGGGAAUUCCAGCUCCCCAUUGGUUAAUGUCCCAGUCCCAUUAUCCCCCCCUGGGAAUAUCAGCUGCUCAGUGAGGAACAGAUUCAGUACCAGGAGGGCAGAAGUCCAGUCCUGCGCCCCCCUGGUGGAACAGUGCGCUCUCACGUGCCAGCAACAAUCUGUCAUCUUUGGGCUUGUGACGCUCCUCGUGACCACAUUGCCCCUCGUGAUUGGCUGUCUGUACACCAUGCCCAGGCCCAAAGGGAGACCCUGACUGUGUAAGAGACCGGGCCCAGUAACGUCUCCUUCUCACUGUGUCUCCGGCUCCGAUGGUGAAUUCACUAUUUAAUGUAGGGAGAGAUAAAUGCUCACUGAAGCCCCGCCUCCUGGCAAUUUGCAUAUUGCUCCUGGGAAUCUCUCUAUGCUGCAAGGGGUCUCUAAUUAGUGACUCCUAAUGAUUAGUCUCCUCCAUUUUGUACCCAUGUAUAUACCCACUCUGUACCCGCCCUGUACCCGCCUUAUACCCAUGUAUAUACCCACUCUGUACCCACCCUAUACCCAUGUAUAUACCCAUGUAUAUACCCACUCUGUACCCAGCUAUACCCAUGUAUAUACCCACUCUGUACCCGCCCUAUACCCAUGUAUAUAUCCACUCUGUACCCACCCUAUACCCAUGUAUAUACCCACUCUGUACCCGCCCUAUACCCAUGUAUAUACCCACUCUGUACCCGCCCUAUACCCAUGUAUAUACCCACUCUGUACCCGCCCUAUACCCAUGUAUAUACCCACUCUGUACCCGCCCUAUACCCAUGUAUAUACCCACUCUGUACCCGCCCUAUACCCAUGUAUAUACCCACUCUGUACCCGCCCUAUACCCAUGUAUAUACCCACUCUGUACCCGCCCUAUACCCAUGUAUAUACCCACUCUGUACCCGCCCUAUACCCAUGUAUAUACCCACUCUGUACCCGCCCUAUACCCAUGUAUAUACCCACUCUGUACCCGCCCUAUACCCAUGUAUAUACCCACUCUGUACCCGCCCUAUACCCAUGUAUAUACCCACUCUGUACCCGCCCUAUACCCAUGUAUAUACCCACUCUGUACCCGCCCUAUACCCAUGUAUAUACCCACUCUGUAUCCAUUCUGUACCCACUCUAUACCCCUAUAUAUACCCACUCUGUACCCAGAUAUGAGGCAGAUAUGGAGCUGGACGUUUCUGGUGUCUGUAUGGGAAUCUGUCACCCAUUUAUUGUACUGCGCUGUGAGAAUGUUGGUGCUUUAUUAAUAUGUGAUAAUAAUAAUAAAAUGU